AUGUGGGAGAUUACUCGUGAAGCAUUGCCUACGCUAUCGCUCUCGCUGGUCAGUCUUUGCUUAUCGGGAGAACUGUUGAUUCAUUUGGCAAAAUGGCCCGUAUUCACUAGAGUGGACAAAUUGUUUAUCUUGAUCCCGAUUCUUUUGAACUUGAAAGGUAAUUUGGAAGGCAAUCUGUCCUUGCGUAUGUCCACCUCCGCCAAUAUUGGAGAGUUGGAUGUGAGAAGAACGAGAGAGACGCUCAUUUUCGGCAAUCUGGCUCUUCUGCAAGUACAAGCACUGAUCGUCUCUUUGUUUGCUGGAAUCUUAUCAUUCUUGCUAGGUCUUGGGACAGGCUCUGAGCCUGCAAAGGAUGUUCCAGCACCCUCACCGAGUAGUUCAUCCUUGGGAACCUCUGCCACAGCCGCUCCAGCGAUGCUAAUACGAAAGUUGGUAAAUUCAGGUCUCUCAUCGCGAAGAGUCAUUCACCAUCAUCCUCCCGUCGAUCCUUCGCUCAAAUUACGCAACUCUUAUUUCGAAUUCGUUUUGGUGAUUGCAACAGCCAUGCUUUCUGCUUCAGUAUCUUCUGCAAUUCUUGGUAGUUUCAUGUGCGCUUUGGUGGUCGUUACCCGUCAAAUGGGUAUGAAUCCGGACAAUAUUGCUUCACCCUUGGCAGGUUCGUUAGGUGAUCUGUUGACGCUAACAUUGCUCGGAUUAUUCUCUUCCUUCAUGGCAAGGUUUGAAGGUACAAUUUUGGCAACCGUGAUCUUACUGGCAUUGGCAGGCGCAUGUGCAAUGUUCUUUUUGGCAGCUUAUCGUAAUGCCUAUGUCAGGGAACUUCUUUCGUCCGGUUGGAUCCCCUUGUUGAUUGCAAUGUUUAUCAGCUCGGGUGCUGGAAUCGUUUUGGACACAUUCGUACAGAAGUUUGAAGGCUUUGCCUUAUUGGUACCUGUUUUGACUGGCUUGCCGGGUGCUGUUGCAGCAAUUUUUGUUUCACGUACUUCUACGGCGUUACACAGCGGCAGGAAUGCAAAGCCAAAUGCAAGACAACGAUCACGAUUCUUCAUGUUCGGUGGGGAUCGAAGUGGGAUAUCUGGUUGGAUCUCUGACAAAUAUGAACGAUUUGCACCUCAAUGGUUGCAAGAUAUCGGAGGCCCAACAGAGGGAUGGCUAGCGCCUUGUACUUUAUUCGGACUUGGAAUGGUUGUCACGACUGCAUUCAUUCUUUUCGUUCGCUUUACCGGCCAAAUGACGUUUGGAAUCCCAUUCCUUUUACUGUUUGUCACAGUAUGCUCGAUUGCCUUUUCAUGCGCACUAGUGAUCGCUCAUGUGUUCACUUUGUUAUUAUGGCGAUUCGACUAUGAUCCCGAUAUCUACUGUUUGCCAUUCAUCACAAGUCUUGUUGAUGUGAUUGGUCAAGCACUUUUGGUGAUGGCCUAUUUCAUUGCCAUUUCACUGGGCGACAGUAUCACUGCUGCUGUCAAUGAUGGUCGCAGGUAA